AUGGCGAGCCGUGAUCAGGCAGCAGAGCCCGCUUUUGCAGAGCAAGCCCUCUCCAGGAUGCGCUUGGGGGUGGCUGCUGCGGCAAAGGGCUCCCUUGGGUUCUCGAAGAGGGGUCAUCGAGCCUUCCGCAAGCACGCAGGCAGCGUGUGCCGGAGUGUCAGGGAGCAACUGGGUUCCGCAGGCCUGUGCUGGACACGAGCUGCAUGGGACGGUAGCUUAGCGGCAGCCAUGACUGGCCUGCAGUUGCUGGUGAACGAACAGGAUAGGAACUUGCUGGAUGGGUACGACCGGGUACUCGCUGCAAUUGAGCGCGCUCACCUGGAGGGGUUGAAGCAGCCAGCAGAGGCCCCCAAGACUCCAAAGCCGCCUGCCUGCUCAAGGGGCAAUCCCUGGGUGUCCAAGGAGGCCGCGGGCGGUGCAGAUCAGCAGACCAUCCGCUGCUCUGUGAAAAUUCCCCAAGGCCGGUUGCUGCAGCUUCAGAUGCCCCGCAGCGCCGACGUGAAGACCUUGAAGGGGGCAAUCUCUGCGCGCACCGCAAUCCCUACCUUGGAGCAGAAGCUGGUGGCAGGAGGGAAGCCGCUUCGCGACGCCACUCAGCUUGGGGAGGCGAGCGCGGGGGAGGAGCUCAAUGUGGUGGUGAACUUCGGCCUUGCUGGAGGGGCAGGUGGAGCAGACGCUGCAGGUUCCCGAGCCUUGGCCAUGGAGGUUAGCGUUUCCCCCCGGAUCAGGAUCAGAAAUCACAACACCGGAGAGACCUGCACACUCCGCAACCCGCCACGUCUCUGCAAGGAUGUCUUGGAACACCUCGACACGACGGAAGGCUGGGGCAGGGGAAAGCUAACGGAGACGAUGGAGGGAGAGGUGAUCUCCAUACCCGUCAACGACCAGGUGCCCGCUGGCAGUUACAUCUUCAAGGAAGUGCAGGGGAGGAGCAAUGAUGAGGACUGGGACGACAGCGUCGAUGAGGAAGUCCGCAAGGUCCUGGAGCGUGCUUUUGUUUCCCCAGAGAAGAAUGGGCAGCCUGAGCUUGACCUGAGGCCCCUACCCUCUAGCAACCCCUGUGCGAGGAGAGAUGUUUCUAUCGUUUACUUCCGGGAGUCGCCCAGCCUGCUGCUUACGAAGCUUCCCGGACGCAACGAGGAUGGCCUUACGAACGCCCAGACGCUGUUGGCGGGAAACAAGCAGCUGCACGCAUCGGGACACGGCCAGGACCAGGUGCAGACGCGCGCGACUGCGCUCAUUGCGCCUUCAGGAGGCGGGAAGUCCCGCACGGCGCUCGAGGCAUCCUGCCAUGAGUACAGCUUUUACUUGAGCUUCUCCACGGAGAAGGAGCCCGGGACAAACAUCCUGCGGCAGGCCAUCGAUCGACUCCGUGAAACGCAUGGGCAGCGAUACGAGGCAGUCGAGACUGACGGUCCUCGCCUGCGAGAGUUCCGCGACCAGCGGCUCCAUGACAUGAGGAAGUUCAUCUCCCGCAUCCUGCUGGCGUUCGCAUUGGGCCUCCGCGAGUACCUGAGGCAGCACAGAGACAAAGCCAGCCCCAAGGGCUUCCUCCUAUUCCAGCUCGUCGGCAUCAGUGCACAGGAGGACUGGCUGCUGAAGACUUGGGGUUGCCUGCUGAGCCUGUCGCGGGAGGCGGUGGAGCAGAAGCUGCAAGCGACGGUAGAGGAGCUGCGAAGGCUGACCAAUCAGGACUUCUUCAACACCUACCUGGAUGAGGCGCAAGCCGGGAUGCGGGAAAUGGACGGGUACUUCCCGAGCCGGGACAAGACUGAGGGGCGGCCGUUGCUGAACGGCUUGGUUCGGAGCCUGCAUCAUGGCAUCUUUGCGCACUUUCACUUCAACCUGACAGGCACGGGGCUCAGCCUCCGCCUAUCGCAGCAGCUCGAUUCUGCCGUCGAGGAAGGAGCUGGACCUGAUCACGCCUCGUACCUGAGAAUCGCCGACGAGCGGUGGCUCGCCAUCCUGCAAGCCAAGUGCCGCAAGAAGGUGCGAAACAAGGCACAUGCCUUGGGCUCGCUCAACAUUCGGACCAUGUACAGAGGCGUGAAGGAAAGUAAGCGAGAAGAGAAGCGCAGAGAGCUGACGUCUCUCCUCAAGGAGAGGGGCGUGAAGGGUAUCCUGCGAAUCCUCUUGGCGUACCCGGCAGAGGUCAACGCGGCAAGCUAUGCCCUGUCCACGCUGAGGCAGUCUGAGCGGCAGCGGCUCCAAGCAGAGGAGGGGAACGAGUUCGAAGUCGUGCAGCUGUGCAUCUCAAAGUCGAAUGCGCAGCAUUUCCUGACGGCCAAUGAGCGGCGUCACCUGGACUGUUUCAAGGGCGUUUGA